AACAUCAGGUGGUCUGUGAGCUCGUCCACACAUUUAAGCAAUAAAAAAAAAUGCUAUUUCAGAAUCCGCGUGAUCCGUCCUCGUAUCAAGGCGACUCUGUUGAUCCACUUGAAUAUCCGUGAAGGAAUGGCCCUGAGUCUCCAAGAAGCGGACGUUGCUAUUAGCCUUGAAGGUUUUCAGACUGAAAUAACCGGUAUCUUCAAUGAUCCCGUAUUAAGUGAGUUUGUCAGUAGAUUCCUUGGGAACUUGGUGCCGGAGCUGUUGGAGGUGUUUGAGACGGAGAUUAACAAAAUAGUGACUGAUAUCUUUUUUGAAAUCGCUCAAGAUAUUAUUAAAGACUUGGAUUUAGGCGGUAUUUUAGGGUGAUAAAUUAUCUUUGUAAGCAUUUUGGAUUGAAAAAUAUGUUUAAUACGACUUAUGUAAUUAC